AUGGGUUGUGGACGAUGCCUUCGCAAAUGCGCAACGCGAAUCAAGAAAAUCUUCGAGAAAGUGGAGUAUGCAGCCGUGGCAAUGUGCAGCUUUGGAACAGUCAUGAUAAUGAUUGGCACUGCGAUGCCUCGCUGGCGAUUGGAUGAACACGGGACGAAACCGUUGGAAAACGUGUGGUCGGUCAGUGGCUUUCCAUCCAAGAGCUAUGGGUUAAUGAUGGUGUAUGCGAAAUCAAGCAGAUCUUGGGAUGUCAUUGUUCGGAUGACCUGCGAGUGGCAAGGCUUGAAAGGCGCUCAGAUUGGUGGAAUUAUUCAGCAAGUCUGGAGUGGCGACUGUGAUGGGUCCCAACAAUGUGGGCACGGUUUCACGGACCACGUGUACACCCGUUGCAUCGAGUACGACAGAAUUCACACUGUGAGCUUGAUCGUAUUGGUGAUCUCAUUGGUGACGAUUAUUUUAUCACUCCUUGGGGUUCUGAUGGCGGCGUUCGGAAGUUUGAAGAGACUAGGUGGCUGUGCUUAUGGUUUCUUGCUUCUUUCUGGAUUUCUGGCAACAGCUUCGAACAUAGUCUGGGCUGUAGUCACCCAUUUCGCAUUUAGCAAGCUGGGCGAAGAUGCCUGGUAUCCAUAUCCUGACCUUGCCAUCGGUUGGUUUCUCCACUUGUAUGGUGGGGUCACUAUCCUUAUAGCCGGCCGUAUUUUCGGCUGGCUUGUCAUGCCGCUCGUUCGUUCUUUCGAUUCUGAAAAGAGCGCAUUGGAGAAACGCAAGAACAAGCUCAUGAUGAUGUCAUGGUGGAACAGG